AUGUCAAAUCUUACUAAAUUUGAUUUUGGGGCUCUUGAUAUUUCGGGAAAGAACUAUUUGACAUGGGCUUUAGACGCCCAAAUUCAUUUAAGCGCAGAAGGUCACGGUGACACUAUUAAAGAAGGAAAUAAAUCAUCUGAUCAACAAAAGGCAAAAGCCAUGAUAUUCCUUCGUCGUCACCUUCAUGAGGAUCUUAAAAAUGAAUAUCUUACCGUAACUGACCCACAUGUCUUGUGGAAAAAUUUGAAAGAUAGAUAUGAUCAUCAAAAAACGGUUAUCCUACCGAAAGCUCGAUAUGAGUGGAUGCAUUUACGUUUGCAGGAUUUUAAAAGUGUAAGUGAUUAUAAUUCUGCAAUGUUUAGAAUAACUUCUAAGUUGAUAUUAUGUGGAGAAAAAGUAACUGAUGAAGAUAUGUUAGAAAAAACAUUUUCCACUUUUCAUGCAUCCAAUGUGCUAUUGCAGCAGCAGUAUCGAGAAAAAGGAUUUAAUAAAUAUUCUGAUCUAAUAUCUUGUCUUCUUGUGGCUGAGCAAAAUAAUGAACUGUUGAUUAAAAGUGUAAGUGAUUAUAAUUCUGCAAUGUUUAGAAUAACUUCUAAGUUGAUAUUAUGUGGAGAAAAAGUAACUGAUGAAGAUAUGUUAGAAAAAACAUUUUCCACUUUUCAUGCAUCCAAUGUGCUAUUGCAGCAGCAGUAUCGAGAAAAAGGAUUUAAUAAAUAUUCUGAUCUAAUAUCUUGUCUUCUUGUGGCUGAGCAAAAUAAUGAACUAUUGAUGAAAAAUCAUGAGGCUCGUCCCACUGAUACAUCUCCAUUCCCAGAAGUGAAUGUGGCAAGGCACGACCACUAUAGGAAAAAUUAUGGUCGUGGUCGUGCAUGCGCACGGGGUCGUGGUCGUAAGUAUGCUCAUGGUCUUGGUUUUGAUCGUGGUCACAAUAUAAAUCAUAAAAAUACAUAUUUCCACCCGAAGUGGAAAAAUAUUCAAAAGAAUGAAAAAGAGGGUCAGAGUAGCAAAACAAAUGAAAAUACUUGCUAUCGCUGUGGAGGAAAAGGUCAUUAG